CGGAACUUAUUAGAAGAAGAAGAAGAAGAGAAAUAUGGCGGCGACAGGUCCGUUUAUCCGGUACCCGUGACACGGGGACUGACAACGCGCCUGCGCUCUGCAGGACUGCGAGCGCGCGCCACAGAAGCAUGGAGCCCCCCCCUCCACCGCUCGACUUGCUAGCGAGCACGAGCGCGUGUCUCCUGAACGGGUCCGAGCCGGAGCACAGCCCCGCCCAACUGGCCUCCCUCAUUCUGUCUUGCGCGCGGGAGUGCGCCGCGUGGGAGCUGGCGUGCGUGAGCAUUUCGCUGGUGGCAAAGACCGUGCGUGUGCUGGAGUCCGGGGAGCUGGCGGUGGUGCGGGUCCGGUUCUGGGAGGAGCUUCUGCGGCUUCUGGGGGAGGAGCGUCUGCUGCCGAGGCUCGUGGAGCAGUUCCAGUCCAGGGAUCGGCUGGUGUCACACCUGUCUGCAAAGGCUGCUUCCUGCUGGGUGGUCCGGAUGAUCAGGAGGGGGGAAGCCGUCCCCUCCACCUGGAAGAUGACCUGUGAGCAGAACUUCCUCAGCUGCUCGGCUGGACCAGAACUGAACUCCUGUCUCUGGUCUCUGACUGAAGUCUGCAAGAGGUUCCUCUCAGGAGCUCCACCAGAACUCCUGCAGGACCUGCUAGCAGAACUUCACCGGAGCAUCUCGGUUCUGUGUUCAGCGCUGCUUCCCGAGAGUCCAGCAUCAGGACUGUCCGGAACCACGCUCUGCCUCCUGCUGGACCUGGUGGAGGUUCUGAUGGCCUCUGCUCUUCAGUGUGGGGAGAAAGCAGGCUUGAGGAAGCAGGACCUUGGCUGGGUUCAGUGGCCACGCCUCCUGGUGGCAGUCAGCGGCCCGUCAGAUCCGUUCGUGAAGCGCAGAACUCUGCUGCUGCUGAAGCGAGUUCUGCUGCUCAAACCGGGAGAAGAAUGGACCACCGGAGGACGGAGGCUGACCGCCAAACCCGGCGCAGAACUCGCUCCUGUGGCCCACGCCGUGCUGGCAGCCGUGGACGCAGGCUGGCUGGACUCUAUCCGGGUGGGGCCGCACACUUUCUUUGGAGGCGGAGUUCCCAGAGGGGGCGGGGCAGAUGAGGCAAUGCUGAGAGCCGCCAGCCUGCUGCUGCUCCGGUCUCUGGAUGUCUCCGUUCACGCCGCUGGACCAGGAGAAAUGGGAGGAGCUUCAAAGCUCUCCAGGUAUCUGCAGCGUCUUUGGGCCUUUUUGAGACGCUGGACCCCCCCCCAGGUCCAGGUGGAGCACCUGUGCUGCUACCUGACGGUGCUGUUUGGAGAGCAGGAUGAUGACUUGAUGGAGGCAGCCAGAGCCUUCCUGUCCGUCUUCCUCAGCUCCAGGGGGGGGUCAGACCUGCAGACGGCCUGCUCUCUGGGCUGUAACCCUCACUGUCACUUCGUGCUCCUGCUGAGGAGCUUCUCCUUCGACCACAGCCUCCUCCUGGACUUCCUGAUCGGCACUGAGACCUGCUUCCUGGAGUACCUGGUGCAUUACCUGAGAUACCUGAGAAGAGACUGGGAGGGUCUUACCGCAGCCUGCAGAGCCUCUGGGGGGGUGCAGCAGCCUGUGGGGGGAUCUACCGGGUCCGGCUGCGGUGUUCGGGCAGUGUCGGCCGGGUCCGGUCCGUCGGCCGGGUCCACUUUGUCAGACGGCCUCCGCCUUGUAGAAUACGACAGCUCUGACGAGUCGACUGAGGAGGAAACGGAGGACGGAGGUUCUGUGUGGAGAUCCAGAUCAGAGUGCUGGUCACAGCCACGCCGGGAAGCAGGUCAGGUGGACAUGGACCUUCUGGACAGAACCGUCCGGUGUCUGUCUGAGCUCAGAGAGGUGCUGGUUCGGCUGCAUUCCAGACAGCUCUUCCCUUACAACCCCUCAUCCCUCCUAAAGCUCCUGGCUCAGGUAGAAGCUGCUCGUGACGGCGGCCAGACGCCCACCUGAAGGUGGGAGGAGCCUCUGUGACCACGGCAGGGUGGAAACUCCCUGUAGCCUCCACGUGGACGGUGGCGGAAAAGCUCUUCUGGGGCACGUUUCAUAAAUUAACUACAACUUCACAUCAGAGUUUGUCAAAACGUUUUCCAAAUAAAUCAUCCAACAUUUCUAAAUCA